AUGGCGGCGAGGACAGUCAUAGGAGCUACAGUGAAGGCUGUCAGUAGACAAGGAAAAUUUGCUGCAAGGAAGGCUGCUUUAACACUGACACCAUCAGCUGUACAGAAAAUUAAGUCGCUAAUGUCUACAAAUUCAGAUGCAGUUGGUCUUAGAGUUGGAGUACGACAAAGAGGGUGCAAUGGUUUGUCAUAUACCUUGGAAUUUGCCAAAGAAAAAGGCAAAUUUGAUGAAAUUGUAACACAAGAUGGUGUCAAAGUGUUGAUUGAUUCUAAAGCCCAGUUAUCAUUACUAGGAACAGAAAUGGACUUUGUUGAAAACAAACUUUCAAGUGAAUUUGUAUUUCAUAAUCCAAACAUCAAAGGAACAUGUGGAUGUGGAGAAAGCUUCAAUGUUUGACCUUCAACAUAGCAAGAUAAAACGAUACAAUACACCCAUUCAGCUUGAGCGUUAUGUUUUCCCAGCAGACCUCAUAUCAUUUCCUAGAGUAUAAUUUCCUUGUUUAAUGGUUGUACAUGAGAAGACACUUGAAUAUGGAUACAACUCAAAGAAUUGUAUUCUCAAGAGAAUGACAUGUGGUCUGUAAUGGGAAAACAUUCAACCAAAGCUGAAAGGGUCUAUUAUUGGUUCGUUGUUCGAUCUCUUACUUCAAGACAAUAUCAACAUGUGUAUUUUAUUACCAACAAUUGUUUUGGUUGUCUCACAGCUUGAGGUCGUCACUAGAGGUGUUUCCUCACAAAACAACAAAUUACCACAAGGAUGCAGAUGCAUCAUACUCGGACUUCAUUAAUAAUUAAUAUUUUGUGUAUGAAAAUUACAUGUAUAUAGACUUCCUUUGUGAGUUGUUGCUUUUGUCCAUCAGAUUUUCAAGAAGAUCCUAUCUUACUUCUUAUGAGAAUUGAAAUGAAAUGUCAAAACAUUUAGCACUGUUAUAUAUUUAUCUGAGAGCCUGCAUCUUGCACAUUAAGAGGAAGGAAUAGACUUUCAGAUGGUGUCAUUCUCUUAAGAAUGAUUUUUUGUGUUUGAUUUGUACUCAUUUUCAUGUGUCUUCUCAUGCACAACUGUUGAACAGAGAAAUAAUACCCCAAGUACUAAAUCACACCUCUGAAAGCUAUUUGAAGAUAUGCUGUAGGAUUAUAAUAAAUACAGUCCUAAUACUGAGCUCUACUUUUUGCUGUAGCAAAUAUUUCAAGACAUUACAUGCAUAGUAUUAAGUCUCAGUUAGUACACAAUAAAUGAGUUGAAAGGCAUUGCCCUGUGAAAAAGCACCUUCAUUAAAGAAACAAGCUUGUUUUCUCAAUCAA